AUGACGAUGAUGACCAUGAACGGCAAGCAACACUUCUCCAUGCACCCGGCCCUGCACGAGCCCAAAUAUCCCGGCCUGCACUCAGGCUCGGAGAGCAUGCGCAGAGUCUGUCUGCCGGCCCCGCAGCUGCAGGGCAAUAUAUUCGGAGGCUUUGAUGAGAGCCUGCUGGCACGGGCUGAAGCUCUGGCGGCUGCUGACAGCAUUGUCUCUCAAGGCAAGAGCCACCCGUUCAAACCAGACGUGACUUACCAUACCAUGAGCAGUGUCCCCUGCACCUCAGCUUCCUCUUCCUCCUCCACCACCGUGCCCAUCUCCCACCACCACCACCACCAUCACCACCUGGGACAGACCCUGGAGGCUGGGGACCUCCUGGAUCACCUAUCCACCAGCCUGGCCGUGUCUGGGAUGGGCGCUCCAGAGCCCCCAGGGAUGACUGCGACCUCGCACCACCACCAGCACCCGCACCACCACCUGCAGACCAUGGGACAGCUCCAUCAGGCGAUGGCCACCAUGGCCCAUCCUCACUCCCUGUCCGUGCACGGAGGCAUGGCCUGCGUCAGCGACGUGGAGUCCGAUCCACGGGAGUUGGAAGCAUUCGCGGAGCGCUUCAAGCAGCGCAGGAUUAAGCUCGGAGUGACCCAGGCGGACGUCGGCGCAGCAUUGGCUAACCUCAAGAUCCCAGGCGUGGGGUCGCUCAGCCAGAGCACUAUCUGCAGGUUCGAGUCCCUCACCUUGUCCCACAACAACAUGAUCGCCCUCAAGCCGGUCCUGCAGGCCUGGCUGGAAGAAGCCGAGGCUGCGCACCGGGAGAAGAGCAGCAAGCCGGAUCUUUUCAACGGCAGCGAGAGGAAAAGGAAGCGCACGUCCAUCGCUGCGCCGGAGAAGCGCUCGUUGGAGGCGUACUUCGCCAUCCAGCCUCGGCCCUCGUCGGAGAAAAUCGCGGCCAUCGCCGAGAAAUUGGACCUUAAAAAGAACGUGGUUCGAGUGUGGUUCUGCAAUCAGCGGCAGAAACAGAAGCGAAUGAAGUACUCGGCGGUGCACUGAGUUCUUCCCACCAACAUCAUGAAUAAAAUAGCCUACUACAUUUUUGAUUGAGUGAUUAAUAAUAACCCGAGUAGCCCUAACAAACAGGGAUUCAUCAGCAUCUCUGGGAUCGUUUCCAAAAAUGACUUUACCCAUUUUUGUGUCACUCACUUUGCAUUGUUGCACUUUUUCGGAUUCUGCUGUUGAGAUGGCAUAUUUGUUUCUUUUAAAGGGAUUUUUGAUGUUAUUGAUAAUGUAGUCUUCACACGCUGCGAAGGGCUUUUAUUUUGAACUCUCACAUUUCUUGUCCAUGGAGCCCAACUGGACUUUUUCCCCCUUACAACAAAUAACAAAACUGACUCUGUGAUCUCCACUUCAUAUAUCCAUAAAUACUCACACAAUCAUGUCUUCACCUGUGGAGCCUUUACGAUAUAAAUGUUCCAUGGUUUCACAUUUUAACCACUAAAUUCUUCGAAUGAAGCCGCUCUCUUUGUGAACUGUGAGUGAUCGUGAUUUACGCACAAAAGCGAGUCUUCAUCACAAGGUAUAACACUCUGUUCGUCUUGAAUUAUUAAGAAAUGGAAAUGACACCGUCAU